AUGGCGUCCUCAGAAGCUGCCACCAACCAACCCAAUGGUGAAUACGAAGAAAAGAAUGUCCACGAGGUGUAUCAACUGAUUGCGAAUCAUUUUUCCGCGACUCGUUAUAAGCCAUGGCCAAUUGUGGAACGGUUCCUCAAGGAAUUGGCUCCAGGUGCGAUUGGGUUGGACGUGGGAUGCGGCAAUGGCAAAUACCUGUCCGUGAAUCAGGAUGUUUUUAUCGUGGCUUCCGAUCGAAAUCGUUUCAUCAAUGAAUCGCCGUUGACCGUUGUGGCCAGGUCGGAAAAUCUCGCCCGAAUCGCUGUAAAACACCAACCACAUUCAACAAUCGUCGCGGACAUUCUAAAUCUGCCACAUCCAGAUUCGUUUUUCGACUUUGCCCUAUCAAUCGCCGUGAUCCACCAUUUGUCCACUCCUGAUCGGAGGAUUCAGGCUAUACGCGAGAUUCUGCGCACGUUAAGGCCUUCCAAGCCUAAUGCACCUGGCGGAAAGGCGCUUCUAUAUGUCUGGGCACUAGAGCAGAAGUCUAGUCGAAGGGGAUGGGAUAAAGGUGACCAACAGGAUGUGAUGGUCCCUUGGGUUUUGAAGCAAAAACCCUCCCAAGAUGAUUCAGGUGCAGAACCGCAAGUAUACCAUCGAUACUACCAUCUCUUCGAGGAAACGGAGCUAGAGCGUGAUAUCAAAGCGGCAGGUGGUUUUGUCCUCGAUUCAGGUUAUGACAGGGAUAAUUGGUGGGCAAUCGCGGCUCGAUAA